AUGUUGUCAGCAAAGGCCACUAAUGAAGAUCGACAAAGACUGUUUCAGCAGUUGCAACAAAUACAACAAUCGCAGCAAAAUCAUCUACAAUUACUGGCUAUUUUUCAACAACAAUUACAACGAUCAUCGUCAGCUGCUGGUGGUGGUGAUGAUGAAACCACCACUGUUACCUCCACGGCCAUCAAUGUUGCAACUCCGAGAAGUGGCUGCUAUCCAUACAUGUUGGGCAGUUCACCGGCUCCUCGGCUUUCAAAUCCACGUCUCUUGGAAGAUUAUCUGGACUGGUAUCUCAAUGAAUAUAUUGUGGCUGAGCAACAAAUUAUGAGAUGGGCGGAUAUACAUGCUGUCUAUUGUGCCGAAUUAGAACAGGAAGAAGAGAACAAAGCAAAUAUCAUGAUGUAUGAUGCUGCGGCUGCGACUGCUUCCUCUUCUUCUUCAAAACCAGGCUUACAAGCGACACCAACACUUGCUCCGGCCGAUGAUCAAUAG